UUCGUCAAAGUUAAAGAGUCAAAAUUAACUUAUUUAAUUUCAAUUGAUUUUCUAAUUGAUUACUUGAUUGAUUUAUUUACAAAUGUGGCUAAGCCUCGUAAAACAAAAAAAUGUGCACCAGAAAUAAAUCAAUAGUGCACUACACAAUCGUUCCGAGUGGUACCGUUAACCAAUAAAAAUAUUUUUUAUUCUUUUUUAUCAAGCGAUUAAGGACUUUACGCGCUCACUUGACUCGGAGUGUUAUUGAUUGGAUGCAAUCAUUAAAAAUUUGAAUAAAAAAAUGUCGAGACUCUUCGUGAAAGCGUCAAGCACCAUGAGCCCUCGAAUUGACAGCAAUUCAACAGGGGGAAGUGAAAAGUUCUCGUCCACCACAUCACUUCUACCCAUGGAUGUACCCCAGGAUCCAGAGUUUGUCAGGAUAUUGCAAGAGGACAAAAUCAAAGUUAUGAGGGCACGUACUGUUGCUCUUUUCAAUGAGAAUGUGUUCCUGAAAGCGCAGAUUCACCAGGAGGGCGCCAGAACAAAAGAACUGGAGGAGCGUCUAAUUACUAUGGAUAACAAACUCUCGAUGAAAACCGAAUCAUCGAAAAACAUUGAGGAUCGAAAAAGAAGAGGAAUUGACUUUGAAAAUUCAGGUACCAGGAUUUCAGGAAAUUUUUGUUCCUCUUGUUGCCAAAAAAUUCAGGAAAAUAAUACGGAGGAGCCAAUUGUUUUCAUUACAAAAACCGAAUUGAAUAAUAUGACAAAAGACAUGGAGGAACUACGCGAUGGUCUAUCAAGCCGUGAGAAAGCAUGGGAAGGGAUGAUGGAAAGGGAGCAGAGUUACUGUGCACAAUUGACACGUCUUUCACAAGAAGUAAUCACAAUUAAUCAACUCGCUGAAAAUCGUGCCAAUGAUCUGACGACUCUCGCCGGACUUCUUGAGGAGCGCGAUGGUGAUGUGAAGGCGGCGCAGAAAGAAAUACUGGGAUUGAAAAAAUUGGUAGCUAAAUACGAGAAACGUAAUAGUUGAGAGGCAUUUUGAGGGAGCAAAUAGACCGUUAGAAAGUUCAACAAAACUGCAAUUGUUAUAAUUACCAGAGAACAAGGAAAUUACAUUUAUUAUGAGAAUGAAUUUGCAGUUUCAAUUAAAAUUUAUAUAGUCUGUUUAUUGCCUUUAGUGUCGUCCAACAUAUGAUGUAAUUUUCUAUUUAAUUGAAUAAUUAAAUCUGUAGUUUUUGGUACUGAAAAAAUCACAAUUGAUUUGGAAGUCGAGGUGUCUGACAAAAUAUCAUCUCACAAUACCGACGAGUAUUUUGUGUUUAUUGGUCCACUCAUUCAUUAUGUCUCUAAAUUGAUUUGCGAUUUUUCUCAUUUGAUUUUAAUUUUUUAAAAGGAUUUUAGAGAUAUUUUUCAAAUAUUUAACGCUUUUGGAAACCAGAUUUCAGACGUUAUUUCUGAUUAUUUAUAUUUGGAACUGCUAACUCCCCCCGUAAUAAGAGUUAAUCAUCCGUUUUUCACAAAACAAUAAAUCUGGACCAGGAAAUAAAUAUAAUCUAUUUAAAAAAUGCUUGAAUUGUUUAUUAAUCCAUAUCAGUCACUUCUACUUUUACAAAGUUAAAAUAUUUUUAUUAAGAAGUAUUUUUGUAUUUUUCAUUUAUUAUUCAUAGCUAGUAACUUGUGAAUAAAUUAACAUUUAGCUUUUCAGUUGCAUUUAGCUUUUCAGUUGCAUUAAAAAUCUGAAAAAAGUCUUAAAAAUCAUCAAAAAAAUAUAAAUCACAUGAGAAGCGGUGCAAAUAAAUUUAAACAUCAAAAUGGGCGAUCAACUCGAUGAAGACCACCCCCUGCAGAGUCUCUACCGUAAUACCUUACUCAUAGAGCCCUGGAUGAAGCCAAAGUGGAAACUGCACCGCCAACGAUAAAUGAACGUGACCGUAAGUGGAUCGAGACUAUUGUGAGUGAAGUAUCGAGUCCCAUAGGUCGACCGAAGGCAAAAGGAAGCCAUUAUUCAACA